CAGCAGACCAACAUCUGUGCAUGAGCGUGCGGCCGAGUGUGUAUGAGCUCAAGUGUGUGUGCAAGUGUAUGCAUAGAAGAGAGAGAGAGUGUGUGUGUGUGUAUGUGUGUGUGUGUGUGUGCGAGAGAGAAAGAGAGAGCCUUUGCAAGGCCAGCCAGUCAGCUAGUCAGCCAGCCAUCCCAUGCUGUUGCGCUGCCCAGAUUAAGUAGCUUGUGAGAGAGAGUCUUUGUGUGGCCGAGAGAGGAGUGACCAGCGGGGCUUAUACGGUGCAUAACCCCGACAACUUCACGGACAGCAUGGAGCGAGUUGGGCAGGCACAGGACUAACUCGGAUGUUUAUCGAAGACAAGACGUUCUCCCUGGGCUUGGAAGGGCUGAAGCAGAAGCUAGGCAAAGAGGAAGGCGCGUGGGGAAGUCACUCCUGAAGUUCUGUUCUGGGUGUGUGUGUGUAUAUGUGUGUGUGUGUGCGCGUUCCACACAACCGUAAAUGUGGCAUCUCUGACAGAUGUGGCCUAUUUGGAGCCGUUCGGGAGAAAGAACGUCUCUCAUCUCGUGGGUGCACUGAGCUCACCACGGAGGAUGUAGAGACUCCAACGUUCAUUUUUUCCCUCACUCUCUCACUAUCCCUCUCUCUCUCUCUGUCCCUCUCUCAUCUCUCUCUCUCUCACUCUCUCCCUGGCUUGUUUGUCAUCUGGUGUACUCGAGCUCAAAAGAGCAGUCCUCUGGCUCGUAAAAGAAUUAACGUCGGGGAACUGGAUUCGUUUCUUUGGAGCAAAAAAACUAGAAAUGUACUCGUGAAAAGGAGCAGCUGCUGAAUGUUUUGAAAAGGACAGUAUGCUGCUAGACCUGAUCUCAGGUCAGACGGUCACGUGCGUCCCGUGGCGCUCUUCUCUGUGUGGUGGUGAAUAGGACACUGCGUGUGGAGCUGCCCCGAGUGGGGGGUUCCUAGACAAAGCCAGCUGAGUUAACAGAAGGCCGGGGCAAGACGUGAGCCGACCCCCAUCGUCGUCGACGUCGCCAUGGCGCCGCGCAAGCGUCCGGCGCGCGGCCUCUCCUUCAUCUUCUGCUGCUUCAAGAGCAGCAGCCACCCGGAGAUCACCUACCGCCUGCGCCAUGACAGCAGCUUCACCCUGCAGACCAUGGAGCCCGCGCUGCCCAUGCCACCCGCGGACGAGCUGGACGCCAUGUUCUCCGAGCUGGUGGAUGAGUUGGACCUCACAGAGAAACACAGGGAGGCCAUGUUUGCGCUCCCAGCCGAGAAGAAGUGGCAGAUCUACUGCAGCAAGAAGAAAGAAACGGAGGAGAAUAAGGAUGCGACCAGCUGGCCUGAAUACUACAUUGACCAGAUCAACUCCAUGGCAGCCAGGAAGACUCUCCUGGCUCUGGAGAAGGAGGACGAAGAAGAGAGGAACAAGACCAUAGAGAGCCUGAAGACGGCUCUGCGCACACAGCCCAUGAGGUUUGUGACGCGCUUCAUAGACCUGGAUGGCCUGACAUGCAUCCUCAACUUCCUCCGCACGAUGGACUACGAGACGACAGAGUCUCAGAUCCACACCUCCCUCAUUGGCUGCAUCAAAGCCCUCAUGAACAACUCACAGGGCCGCGCCCACGUUCUCUCCCACACCGAGAGCAUCAACAUCAUCGCCCAGAGCCUGGCCACGGAGAACGUCAAGACCAAGGUGGCGGUGCUGGAGAUCAUGGGCGCCGUGUGCCUGGUGCCUGGCGGGCACAAGAAGAUCCUGGAGGCCAUGUUGCACUACCAGAAGUUCGCCAGCGAGAGGACGCGCUUUCAGAGUCUCAUGACUGACCUGGACAGGAGCACAGGUCGUUACCGGGAUGAGGUGAACCUCAAGACCGCCAUCAUGUCCUUCAUCAACGCCAUCCUCAGCCAGGGAGCCGGAGAGUCGAGUCUGGAGUUCAGGAUCCACUUGCGAUAUGAGUUCCUGAUGCUGGGCAUCCAACCAGUCAUUGAUAAACUGCGCACACACGAGAACUCCACUCUCGAUCGGCAUUUGGAUUACUUUGAAAUGCUGAGAAAUGAAGAUGAAUUGAGUCUGGCAAAACGCUUCGACUCCGUGCACAUAGACACGAAAAGCGCCACUCAGGUGUUUGAACUCAUCCGUAAGAGGAUAAACCACACAGAAGCGCACCCGCACUUUCUCUCCAUUCUGCAGCACUGUCUGCACAUGCCCUGUAAGCGCAGUGGAAACACUGUGCAGUACUGGCUCCUCCUGGACCGCAUCGUCCAGCAGAUCGUCCUGCAGAAUGACAAGGGUCACGACCCCGAUGUGACCCCUCUGGAGAACUUCAACGUGAAGAAUGUGGUUCGGAUGCUUGUCAAUGAGAAUGAAGUGAAGCAGUGGAAAGAACAGGCUGAGAAGAUGAGAAAAGAGCACCAUGAGCUUCAGCAGAAGCUGGAGAAAAAGGAGCGCGAGUGCGAGGCCAAGGCCCAGGAGAAGGAGGAGAUGAUGCAGACCCUCAACAAGAUGAAAGACAAGCUGGAGAGGGAGACCACCGAGCACAGGAUGGUCAAGCAGCAGGUCACCGACCUCUCCGCCCGGCUGCACGACCUCAGCUCAAGGGCAAGCUCUGCUGUCCCCGGAGGACCACCUGUUGUUGCCCCAGGGGGCCCCAUCCCACCCCCUCCUUGCCCUGCGGGCAUGCCCCCUCCACCCCCGCCACCGCCACCAGGGAUGGGGCCUCCGCCGCCGCCACCUCCUCCCGGCGGACCCCCACCUCCUCCGGGCAUGCCUCCCUUCGGUGGCAUCCCUCCUCCUGGAGGUCUGCUGGGACCGUCGCUGAAGAAGAAGAACAUCCCUCAGCCCUCAAACCCCCUCAAGUCUUUCAACUGGGCCAAAAUACCAGAAAACAAGCUGGAGGGCACUGUAUGGUCAGAGAUGGAUGAUGGCAAAGUCUUCAAAAUCCUGGACCUGGAGGACAUUGAGAAAACAUUCUCUGCCUAUCAGAGGCAACAGGACUUCUUAACGCUCAAUCACCUCAAACAGAAAGACUCGGAGGAUGAAACGACGUCAACAAAGAAGGUCAAGGAGCUGUCAGUUAUCGAUGGCCGACGGGCGCAGAACUGCAACAUCCUCCUCUCGCGGCUGAAGCUGUCAAAUGAGGAGAUCAAGAAGGCCAUUAUGACCAUGGAUGAGCAGGAGGAUCUGCCCAAGGACAUGCUGGAGCAGCUGCUGAAGUUUGUCCCAGAGAAAGCUGAUGUGGACCUGCUGGAAGAGCACAAGCAUGAGCUGGACCGUAUGGCCAAGGCUGACCGCUUCCUCUACGAGAUGAGCAGAAUUGAUCACUACCAGCAAAGACUGCAGUCCCUCUACUUCAAGAAGAAGUUUGCAGAAAGGAUCGCCGAGGUCAAACCAAAAAUCGAAGCACUUUCCAAGGCCUCCAAAGAGGUCCUGAAUAGCCGCAACCUGCGGCAGCUCUUGGAGGUGGUGCUUGCCUUUGGAAACUACAUGAACAAAGGACAACGGGGGAAUGCCUACGGCUUCAAAGUCUCCUCCCUCAACAAGAUAGCAGACACCAAGUCUAGCAUCGACAAGAACAUCACCCUCCUGCACUACCUGAUCACCAUCCUGGAGCAGAAGUACCCUAAAGUGGCUGUGCUCCAUGAAGAGCUACAGAACGUUCCAGAAGCUGCCAAAGUCAACAUGACGGAGAUGGAGAAGGAGAUCAAUAACAUACGCAGUGGCUUGAAGAGUGUGGAAACUGAGCUGCAGUACCAGAGGAGUCGCCCCCAGAACUCCAACGACAAGUUUGUGUCGGUGGUCAGCCAGUUCAUCACAGUGGCCGGCUUCAGCUUCUCCGACGUGGAGGACUCUCUGCAGGAGGCCAAGGAGCUGUUCCAGAAGUCGGUCACCCACUUUGGCGAGGACCCGUCCCGCCUGCAGCCGGACGAGUUCUUCGGGAUCUUUGACCAGUUCCUGCAGUCUUUCUCCGAAGCCAAGCAGGACAACGAGAACAUGCGCAGGCGCAAGGAGGAGGAGGAGAGGAGGGCACGACUGGAGGCUCAGUUGAAGGAGCAGAGGGACAAAGAGCGUAAGGCCCGCAAAGCCAAGGAGAACUGCGAGGAGGACGGCGAGUUUGACGACCUGGUGUCGGCGCUGCGCUCGGGCGAGGUCUUCGACAAGGACCUGUCCAAGAUGAAGCGCAACCGCAAGCGGCCUAACAACCCCAACGCAGAGAACGGCCGUGAGAGGCCCAUCACCAAGCUCAACAUUUAAAAGAGACUGCCCCCACGUAGACGUGUGCUUUUUUGUGUGUGUGUGUGUGUGUGUGUGUGUGUGUGUGUGUGUGUGUGUGUGUCUGUGUGAGUGAGAGAGAUGGAAUGCUUUUUCUCUACUGCCCUCUGGUGGAAGAUCACCAGAUCACGCCAUUCCCCCCUACGUUUUUUUUUUUUUUUUUUUUUUUGUUAAUCCCAGUAACCUCCUUUUGGCAACAAAUUUCCCCACGACAGACGCAUGAGAACAGGAACAAUCGACACGGGAGAGAGAGAGCAAGUGAGAGAGAGUGAGAGAGGACAAUGCUUUUGACCACUUGUACUUAAUGCACAACAUGUAAGAUCUUCUGGCCACUCUUUCUGGGAUACAGAUGAAGAAGAAGAAGAAGAAGAGUCAAAAAGAAUCUAGAGAGAGACACUCUAGCUACUACCUGUGCUGGCUGCCAAACACCCACUUUUGUAAUACUUUUGAAAAUACUUUUAUAAUAAUGAUACUGAUUCUAAAUGUAUAUUCUGCAGUUUUUUGCAUGGGGGAUGCGCACUGGCACACUUUGUUUGAACCGAAACAUGUUACUUCAUGCUGUGCCAUCAUCAUAAUAUGACACUCAGCUUGGACCUGAUGAACCCUGAUGAAUGACACAGAACAUAAGCUAGAGAUCACAGCAAAACACACUCACACACACACACAUACACACACACACACACACACACACACACACACACUCACACACACACACACACAUACACACACACACACACACACACACACAGACACAGACACUUGCAUAUGUCUUCUUUUUUGUAUUUAUAACGAGUGGAAGGUUAAAACUUUUUACAAUUGUUACGUUAUGGCCAAUCUGUGUGUGUGUUGUUGUACGAAGUGGACCAGGGCUUAUGCGCUAAGCGAGUCUGGUUUGUCUAAUCUCAGUUUCCCAAACAAACCCGUGCAGUCAGUCUCCACGUCCGCACAGUGGCCACAUGAAGUGGGGAUUAACCGUUGUUUCACACAGAGGUGAACGCAACCAAAAACCGGCCGCGGAGCUGAUGCACUUCAGAUGACCCCCGCAGAGACCAUCUCAGUACUGUUCCUAUAACAAGACCACACAAACACUGUGUGUACUGCCAAAACAUGCUACUUGUCAAGCACAUGAGUCAACACACAGUAUACUAAAUCAUCUCCAUUCACUGCACCCUCUCUUAAAUUAUAAACAGUAUACUCAGUUAAUAGACCUCCCACCAGCAGAUGCUAAGUAUCUUUUUUCUUUCUGAGGGCACUGUCUUUAACGAUCUGCCUGUGUAAUGCCAUUUUAAAGCACAACGUAAGAAAUUGAUAUGGCGUUUAUAUUAUUCUUUCAAACCGUUUUUUUCCUACUGAGCUUUUACAGUAUAAAUAUUUACAGAGGCAAUAUCACCUGAAUAGUAAAAAUAUAUGCAUUCCUAUCUGAAGAAGGCAAUGAAGCAGACAAAGUUGUCAAACAUGAAGUGUAUAGAGAGGGGGAAGGGCAUGGCGGGGACGUGGGGGGGGUUUACGACUAUCAUGUAAUGGGUUUGUACAGUUUUGACGUAUUUCUGAUGGUUACCAAAAAAAAAACAGUCACUAGCUCCUCCAAAUGAAACACUGUGUAUAUUAUUUUGUCAAAAUCUAUGCAUCCAUGAGUGAAAAAGAGAACAGUUGUCCUUGUAUUAUGUGUGUUAUUCCUCUGAAUGUUUGUGUGUAUGUAUGUACAUAUGUACAUAUGCUCAUUCAUGCAUAUCCUCUUGUUCGCACCCUUGCCUGACUAUCUCCUGUUGAUCAGAAUCCCUUUUGACUUCAUUUUAUUUCUAUUUCUUAUGCUUUCAAAUAAUAUUUCCUUUAUUUUGUUCUUCUCCCAUUUGUGAUAAGUUUAUGUAUGUGGGCUCUUUCUACAUAACUUUUUUUCUUUUUUAUUUAAGAUGGCUUUUUUCAUGUGAGGUUGGUGAUGCAUAAAUAAAUCUGGAGGUUCUACAGUG